GAUAAAAGCAAGAUAAUCCUUAAUUAAAUAUCAGUCUUCAGAUAAGAUGUAUUUGGUCACAUACACAGGGAAAUAAAUUAUCCAGGAGUUUGUGUUUUCUUCGCCCAAUAACCACUGUAUCACAAUAAUUUGUGUUGUGUGUGUGUGUGUGUGUGUGUGUGUGUGCACGUGCGUGUGUGUGUGUAAACAUGUUACCGCAACUAGGUUGUGGUGGGAGCGUAGUCAAAGAGCUCAGGCUACUUAAGAAACAGGCAUCCAAGCCUUCAUCAUCCAACAUCCUAGCAAAGAAUAGAUCCAUUCUCUCAAGUGACAUCGACAAGGUUCAACGUUGGGCAGAACACUUUGCAGAAGUGUCUAAUUGUUGCUCAUCAAGCUGCCAGUUGGAUACUGAUGCACGACCGGACAUCAUUGCUGCCACACCAUCUGACAAAGAACUAUUCCCAGAUGAUGAAAACUUGUCCCAGCCCAUAUCUGAAGAUGAGAUUCAGGUAGCUAUCGCACAGCUCAGAGAUGGUAAGGCUCCAGAAGAUGACGGCAUAUCUGCUGAAGUUGGGAGGAGGCGAAACCAUCUGCUGGCUCACUUCACUGUUCAACUUCAUAUCGAGCAGCGAGAGUAUCCCCUCAGAUUGGUUGAACCACCUCAUUGUCCCUCUUCACAAGAAGGGAAGUCGUUCUGAGUGCGACAACUAUAGAGGCAUUGCCCUCUUCAGCAUCCCCUGCAAGGUUUCUACUCGUGUUAUACUGAACAGGAUCAAACCCAGAGCAGAGGCCCUCUUGCGUGAGAACCAGUGUGGUUUCCGCAAGGGCAGAGGGUGCACCGACCAACUCUUUUCUCUCAGGGUGUUGAUGGAAAAAGCCAGGGAGUACCAUCGUCCUUUAUACAUGUUUUGUAGACCUCCGUAAGGCCUACGAUUCAAUCAAUAGAGCAGCUCUCUGGUCUGUUCUUCAGUCUUGUUACCACUUGCCAUCUAAGCUGCUCAAAAUCAUUGAAGCAUUGCACAGUAACACUUCUGCCGCUGUAAGGACCUAUGGUAAAAUCUCAGAUCAUUUCUCUGUUUCUAGUGGUGUCAAACAGGGUCGUGUACUUGCUCCAACUAUAUUCAACCUCUACUUUGACUCUGUAAUUCAACUUGUCAUAUCUUCUGGAUGCUGACCUGGUAGGAAACAGGAAGCUUACAUCAGAGGUGUCAGUGUCAGACCUUGAAUAUGCUGACGAUAUGGCAUUGAUAUCUGAUUCGUAUGAAAGUCUAUCCUCCUUGCUGAAAUCUCUGGAUUCAUCUUGCCAUCACAUGGGGCUUACCAUCAAUUACAAGACCAAACUUCUAGCUGUCCUACCUGGAGCUGAUGCCCAUUCUCCAUCUCCCAUUUCUUUGCAUCCUGAUUGUGAUUCAAUUGAGGUGGUACCAUCCUUUCAGUACCUUGGAAGUUAUCUUUCUAAUAAUUGCUCCAUGGAUGUUGAGAUAUCAACACGGAUAACCAAAGCAUCUCAGUUACAUGGGUCACUUAACCGCAUCCUUUGGCACCAAAGGAAGAUCAAGUCUAGUACCAAGCUGAACAUCUUUGUCUCUGUAGUUCUUUCCACCCUUUUAUAUGGUUUGGAAACAGCAGUACUUCUGGAGCCACAGAUACAUCGCUUACAGAGUUUUGUGAAGAGAAGCCUCCGCUCCAUUCUUGGAGUGUCCCUAUGGGACGGGAAGAGAGACACCUCCAUCAGAAAGAUAGCCCACCUACAAAGAAUCUCCACCAUGCUGACACAGAGACGUCUUCGGUUAUUGGGUCACAUCUUGCGCAUGGAUGAGUGUCGUCUACCAAGGAAGGUUUUGGUGUGUGCAUCACCUCAAGGUAGACGUUCAGUCGGAGGCCAGAGAAUGAGAUGGAACGAUUUGGUACUGAGGGAUUUAAGGAAUUGCAAUCUUGAUGGGGUUUGGAGGAUACUAGCAGAAGAUAGGAAUGAGUGGAGGAAUCGGAUCUGGGCUGCCACACAGGAAGUAAAUUUCAAGAAGGAAGAACAAGAGAAAUACCGCAAGGAUGAGCGGAAACGUCGCUGCGAAGCAAGGCAAAUGACAUCAGAGUUUGCUUUACACUGCAGCUUUGAUGGUUGCAGAUUUACUGCUGUAAAUCAUGCCGGCCUUGUAAACCACCAGAGACAGAAACAUGGUCAGUCCCUGACUGGUCGAUGUCAGUACUGUCACCAAACAUUCCACCAACAAGGCCUCCACACCCACGAGCGUUUCUGCUGUCAGAGAACAUCCACUCCUCCGAUAUAGCCUAAGGUGACCUUGGCCUUCAUCGUUUCUCAUUGGAAUGAAUGCAGCGUGAAGUGAAGUGUGUGUGUGUGUGUGUGUGUGUGUGUGUGUGUGUGUGUGUGUGUGUGCAUAUCUCCAAAAUUUUGCUCCUAUAUAGCAAUCCGAUUAUUGUGAAAGUGAAGAUGUUGUCUUCCAGCACUUUCUUGACGAAAACGAGCUCCUCUCUAGUUCAAAUUUCUCUAGAACGGUGCAUCGGAUUUCCACCAAAUCUGAAAUGCCCAUUGCCGACCACAAACGGUACACAAGGAGCGUGUCGUUUAUCGACAGUGACGUGAAUAAAAGCAAGGUUUUUCAAGUAUAUCCAGGUACUUAGAAAAUAUGGCUACCCUCUUUGCCUGUGUAUGCGCAUCCAGUAGCUGACACGUUCGCUACAUCUGUUCAGUAAAACAGUAGCAACAUCUUCAAAGUGACAACGUCCAGUGGGAAUGCUACAAUAGAUGCAACUCUAGACGGGAUUUAGUCACACAUACAGAGAACAGGCUUUGUGGAAUCACAGAAAAUUCUCUGCUUAAUAUACGGGAGUUAAUGCUAUAUGCAGAAAUUUGUGUCCCUGAGCAAGAAAGGGCAAAUCAGC